AUGCCCAUAUUAGGAGCGGACUUCCUGACACAUUAUGCAUUAUCAGUAGAACUCGCAUCUCAGACACUAACUGACACGAGUACGAAUGUCAAACGCUGCGGUUUCAUCUCAAAAUACUCGACAAUCGGUCUGACGAAUAUUAUACCAACAGCUAAUGGCUACGAUGAGAUAAUACGUCAGUACCAAUCACUGUUAACACCGUCAUCACGAAACGAACCCGUUAAACACCAUGCUAAACACAGUAUUAAAACGACUGGUUCCCCAGUUCAUUCCCAACCACGUAGGCUUCAUCCUACUAAACUAAAGAUCGCACGAGAUGAAUUCGAUAAUAUGCUUAAACUAGGCGUAAUUCGCCCUUCAAAAAGCCCUUAUGCCAGCCCUCUACACAUGGUUACGAAAGCAGACGCAAUCAGUUGGCGUCCGUGCGGAGAUUAUAGGCUAUUGAAUGCCCAAACCGUUCCGGACAAAUAUCCAAUACCGCACAUAAAAGAUUUCGCAUUAUCGCUAGAAGGUGCAACAGUCUUUACUAAGCUCGACCUUAAAGCUUAUUACCAAAUCCCAAUCGAAGAGGAUUACAUUCAAAAGACUGCCAUUACUACCCCUUUCGGACUAUUCGAGUUCACGAGAAUGCCCUUUGGGUUGCGCAACGCGGCACAAUCAUUCCAAAGGUUGAUCGACGAGGUGUUACGAGGUAUGCCCUAUACGUACGCAUAUAUCGACGAUGUGCUAAUUGCAAGCAAAUCCCAUGCUGAACAUCAGGAACAUUUACAUGCAGUUCUAAAACAACACAACAUUACGGAUUGA